ACGUAACACAUGUGCGCUGGAAACACGUUCGGACGUAACACACAAAUUUUAGCAACAAAGUUCGAAAUAAUCAUUUUAAUUUGGGCCACAAAAUGUCACUGCGAGCAAUUGGAAUGCUGGCUCAGGCGCGUCACUUCAGCCGCCUGGGUGGAGUGCUGAGGCAAAGCAAUCGAUGUGCAGCUGCAGCCUUGAAUGUGGCUCUGGGAUCGCCGGCCGAUCUGUCGCCCUCGUACCGCCGCUUCGCCACGGAGACCAAGCAGGCAGACGCGCCCGUCGACAAGCAUGAGUUCCAGGCUGAGACUCGCCAGCUUCUGGACAUUGUGGCGCGCUCCCUUUACUCGGAUCAGGAGGUUUUUGUGCGCGAGUUGAUCUCGAAUGCCAGCGAUGCCCUCGAGAAGUUCCGCUACACGGCCCUGAGCACUGGCGAGGCGGAACUGUCUGGCAAGGAUAGGGCUCUGGAGAUACGCAUCACCACAGACAAGCCGCAGAUGCAGCUGACCAUACAGGACACGGGCAUCGGGAUGACCAAGGAGGAGCUCAUCAGCAACCUGGGCACCAUCGCCCGCAGCGGUUCGAAGCAGUUCUUGGAACAGAUGAAGAACGAGAAGCAGGCUUCUGAUGCUAUUUCCAACAUCAUUGGUCAAUUCGGUGUCGGCUUCUACUCGGCCUUCAUUGUCGCACAGCGCGUGGAGGUCUACACACGGGCAGCCACGCCCAAAGCGCCCGGCCUGCGCUGGUCGACGGACGGCAGUGGCACCUACCAGAUCGAGGAGAGCCAGGACGUGGACCUUGGCACUAAAAUUGUGCUGCACCUGAAGACCGAGUGCCGUGAGUAUGCGGACGAAGACCGCAUCCGCACUGUCAUCAAGAAGUAUAGCAAUUUUGUGGGCUCUCCCAUCCUGCUGAACGGCAAGCAGGCCAACGAAAUCAAGCCCCUGUGGCUGCUAGAUCCCCAGAGCAUCAGCAUGGAGCAGCACCACAACUUCUACCGUUUCAUCAGCAAUAGCUUCGAUGUGCCCCGAUUCACAUUGCACUACAACGCCGAUGUCCCCAUUCUGGUGCACGCCCUGCUAUACUUCCCCGAGGGCAAGCCUGGACUUUUCGAGAUGUCGCGCGACGGCAACACGGGCGUGGCUCUGUACACCCGGAAGGUGCUGAUCCAGUCCAAAACCGAGCACUUGCUGCCCAAGUGGCUGCGAUUCGUGAAGGGCGUCGUCGAUUCCGAGGACAUUCCCCUCAACCUGAGUCGCGAACUCCUCCAGAACAGCAGCAUCAUUCGCAAGCUGUCCAGCGUAUUGACCUCACGGGUCAUCCGCUUCCUGCAGGAGCGCGCCAAGAAGCAGCCGGAGGAGUUCGAGAACUUCUACCGCGACUAUGGUCUGUUUUUGAAGGAGGGCAUCGUCACCUCGAGCGAUUCAGCGGAAAAGGAAGAAAUAGCCAAGCUCCUCCGAUUCGACUCCUCAAAGGCGGAGGGUACCGAAGGACGCAUGUCCCUGGAGGACUACUACACCUCUGUCGGGCCUGAGCAGAAAAACAUUUACUACCUGGCGGCGCCGAACCGUGUCCUUGCCGAGUCCUCCCCCUACUACGAGAGCCUGAAAAAGCGAAACGAACUUGUUCUCUUCUGCUACGAACCCUACGACGAGCUCGUGCUCAUGCAGCUUGGAAAGUACAAGCAGAAGAACCUGGUCUCCGUUGAAAAGGAGAUGCGCGAAGAUUCUAAGGAUCCGAGUGCAACCACUGAUUACGGCGAGGGCAGCCUGCUGCGCUCCGAGCUCGACAGCUUGAUACCGUGGAUUCAGGACGAGCUGCAGGGCCAAGUGGUCAAGGUGAAAGCCACCUCUCGCCUGGACACGCAUCCCUGCGUUGUCACCGUGGAAGAGAUGGCUGCCGCGCGUCACUUCAUCCGUACCCAGAGCCACCAGGUGCCGGAGGCGAACCGCUUUGCCCUGCUGCAGCCGGAACUGGAGAUCAAUCCAAAACAUCCCAUUAUCAAGAAGCUGAACAAACUGCGCGAGAGUGACACCGAGCUAGCCAAGUUGAUUACCAAGCAGCUCUUUGCCAAUGCCAUGGUAGGAGCCGGGCUGGCGGAGGAUCCUCGCAUGCUGCUGACCAACAUGAAUGAGUUGCUCACGAAAGCUCUGGAUAAAUACUAAGUUAGGCAGCUAAAUCCCCAAAUGUAAAUCUACACACUACGCAAUAUUGUUUAAUUGAUUUAAGGUUAUAAAUAUAAUUUGAAAAUAGUUUUUAA